AUGGUCGGCUUCCAGGAAACAACCAAGAAAAAGCGUUUUUCCUGCGGUUGCAAUCCGGCGACCUGGAGCGCGGGCAGUGUCGGGAUGGUGCGCAACUAUAGUUUGGCGUUGGCCAGCAUCAUGGUCUUGGCCAUCUCGUGGACGUCUAUGCAAGAGUCGUGGCAGCUGCGAUCUUCCUUGGAUCCACCAUCAUUGCUGCCAUUGUCGGCAGACCGACCCAUGCCAAUUGAAGACAAACGCACGUGCCUCCUCGAUCAUCCUGCGUCGGAGUACCUCCAGACCUUGACCAAGGUCAUGGUGGGGACCCCCCUCGGCGGAUCGUACCAUAACAAUCACCGACAAAUUGGCCAAACUCCGUUUCCGUUCGAAGAAAGAUUGCGUGCCGUUGGAGAGGACUGGCCUCCAUUUGGUUAUACGAUGAUUGGUAAGGCACGCAUGCAAAAUUUCCGGAACGCCAUUGAAGAAGUCAAUCAAAACGGUAUUCCCGGCGCGAUCGUGGAGCUGGGGGUUUGGCGCGGCGGCGCCAUGAUCAUGGCAUCGGCCCUGGGAAAAGAAUCGGGACGUAUCCGGGACUUGUAUUUAUUCGAUACCUUUGCGCCGAUUGGUACGUACGGCAGUAAGGAGUUGACUCAAUACUUGGCAGUACCCGAAGACGAAGUCCGCGAGUCGUUUCGUUAUUUUGAUCUGGACGGGCCGUUUGUGCACCUUGAAAAGGGCUUGUUCAAAGACACUUUACCAGCGUGGAAAGAAAAAGAUAUUCAAAUUUUUGUUCUGCGUAUCGACGGUAACUUCUACGAUUCAUACCAGGAUGCCAUGUAUUACUUGUACGAAAAGGUGCCAGUUGGAGGUCUCGUUAUCUUUGACGACGUACUGACACACAAAAAUGUGAUGCGGUUCUGGCAGGAUUUUAAGAAUGAGCAGAAGCUACCCGAAGAUUUGAACCAUAUCGACAAUGAUGCAACCUGGUUUCGCAAAGAGAAAGCCACGAAGAUUGAAUGGAAGCACUUUCGAUCUCCACAGGACGCCAAUAAAGUGUAG